AUUAGAAUUAAGUAGAUUUCUGUGGAGAGGGAAACGGUGCAUAAAUCGCAACAAAAAUGAGUGUCUCCUCUGCAGAAGUCUGAAAUAGUAGACAUGGUAAAGAAACAUGUAAAUGCUAUCACACUAGCCAUUGGGGAUGGUGCCAACGACGUGGGAAUGAUCCAGACUGCACACGUGGGUGUCGGGAUCAGUGGGAAUGAGGGCAUGCAGGCAACCAACUCCUCCGAUUACGCCAUAGCACAGUUUUCCUACUUGGAGAAGCUAUUAUUAGUCCAUGGAGCCUGGAGUUAUAAUCGAGUGACCAAGUGCAUAUUGUAUUGCUUCUACAAGAAUGUGGUCUUGUAUAUUAUUGAGCUUUGGUUUGCAUUUGUUAAUGGAUUUUCUGGACAGAUUUUAUUUGAGCGAUGGUGCAUCGGCUUGUACAACGUGAUUUUCACAGCAUUGCCACCCUUCACUCUGGGAAUCUUUGAGCGAUCAUGUACACAAGAGAGCAUGCUUAGAUUUCCCCAGCUAUACAAAAUUACUCAAAAUGCAGAUGGAUUCAACACACGGGUUUUCUGGGGUCACUGCAUCAAUGCCUUGAUACACUCCCUCAUUCUCUUCUGGUUUCCACUGAAAGUGCUGGAACAUGAUUCUGCAUUCACAAAUGGCCAAGCAAUAGACUAUUUAUUUGUUGGAAACAUAGUUUACACUUAUGUCGUCAUUACUGUUUGUUUGAAAGCUGGUUUAGAAACCACAGCAUGGACUAGAUUUAGUCACCUGGCAGUUUGGGGAAGCAUGCUGCUCUGGCUGGUGUUCUUUGGAGUAUAUUCUACCAUCUGGCCCACUUUCCCCAUUGCACCAGACAUGCUUGGACAGGCAGGGAUGGUGUUCAGAUGUGGAUAUUUCUGGUUUGGUUUAUUGCUGGUGCCCACUGCGUGCCUUCUUAAAGAUGUGGCCUGGAGAGCGGUGAAGCAUACCUACAAUAAAACGCUGCUGGAACAGGUUCAGGAGUUGGAAACAAAGUCCAGAGAGCUGGGGAAAGCUGUGCUUCGUGACAGUAAUGGAAAGAGCGUAAAUGAACGUGAUCACUUAUUAAAAAGGCUUGGCAGGAAGACUCCUCCAAGUCUCUUCCGUGCUCAUUCUGUCCAGCAAGGCGUAUCACAUGGAUAUGCAUUUUCUCAAGAAGAACAUGGAGUUGUUUCCCAGUCGCAAGUUGUUCGAUCCUAUGACACAACUAAAAAGAGAGAUGGAAUAGAAUAACACAAGUCUUUCCCUGAUUGGUGGUGGGAAUAAUGAGAUUCGGAUCAGUGCAUCCACUGUUAACACAUCCUUGACUAAGGUUGGCAGCAGCAGCCAAAACACCGGAAAAUCAUUUCUGUGGCCUUAGCCAACAAGUUUAUGUAUUCCCCAGCAAACCUUGAGCACACAUUGUGGGGAACUCGUUGUUUGGAUUCAAUCGCAAUGCUCUGCCUAAUUUUUGUUUAUGUUGUUAUGAAGCAUUUGACUGUGCUAUGUGAGGUGUGAAAUUAAAAACAUCAUGU